AUGUUUGAAUUUUCAGAUCUACCAACACAUAUGCCUAUCUCGUCUAGUCUAGAUGGUUCGUUACAGGCAAAGUUGGCAGAUCACGAUGAAAGAGAAGAGCACAAAGAGCUUCGAAUUGAACAAAAUAUAGUUGAAGAAAAAAGCGAAGAAGUAGAGCAGAAAUCUCACUUGGAGAUAAAUAGAGUUCCAAAUGAAACUCUCUAUAUUCCAGGUACUUCAAUCUCCUUGCAAACAGAAGAAGACAUUGCAAAGUGGAUUGAAGAAAGGAAGAGACGAUGGCCAACGAGAAAGAACAUAGAACAAAAGGAGAAGAUGAAGAGAGAGCAGGAGAUCCAAACACCGAACUAUUCAAAGCGGCAUAAUAUUGAAUCACCUUUACCUGAAAAUCAAAAGAAGCAAAAAAGUGUAUGUAAGUACUUUCAACAACAUAGGACGUGUAGAUUUGGAAAGAGGUGCAAAAAUUUACAUGAAUUUCUGAGUAACUCCUCAGAGCUCUCUACGUCUUCAAAAGGUAUUUCUAUAAAUGGUAUUCGGACUUCAAUUCCUCAGAGAUUCAAAAAUGACGUUAACGACAAAUCUUUAUUCAGAAAAUUGGUCCAAAGGGACCAAUUUGAGAAUGAAAAUAGCUUAAUAUUGGAUUUUAUUCAAUUCCUUGACAGCAAGGGUUUCAUUAAUCCUGAAAAUUCACGAUGA